AUGGUCGCCCGUACUGCGCCCCUAGGGUCUCUGAAGAAAGGCUUCAAGAACAGCAUAUUGCCCCAGAUACAUCAACCUCUGCCUCUCAACCGCAGGGAAUCGCAACAACUACUCAACUCCAUCACUUCAUCCUUUCGUAGAAAUCUCGACAAGGAGCAUCCGUGGCAGCAUACCGACGUGGCCCAGCCUGCUGCCAGUAUCAUAACCCCCGAUCCGGCGUUCACCCUCGUCAAAAAUGGCCCCCAGAAACACCGCCCGACUGAUCGCCACCUCGAGUCCAUCUUAUCGAACCCUCUCUUCGCCGAGCCGAGGACACCAGUCCCGCAGACAUCAGCGGCCUGGCAGAGUCACCACAAUGUUUUCGAGUCCGCCGUAGCACGGGGCAUGAUGACCCCAAAGCGCGCAGCAGGCUAUCUAGCUGCCAUCAGCAAGGAGAUCGGUCUGUCUGCCGUAGACAUCCCAGCCUCUAUGGCUGCGUCAGGCGCUGGCCUUCGGGUGGUCCAGUGGCUGCGAGCCUCAGGCCACGAGAAUAAUCUGGAGUUCCUUGCUGAUGUCAAUCUCGUACCCAUUUUGACACGCUUUAUGUUUGUGGAACACCUGGAGGAAGUUGCUUGGACUUGGCUCGCUCGGUUGGGGGCCCAGCUGGGGAAACUGCCGAAAGACGCCCAAACCCAAAGAUCCAUUGCGCUACUCCUCUCUUCUAUUAAGAAGGCCCAAGAGUACGUUACGGUGACCACGGACCUGACGCAAGGAUCACUGGACUCGGGCUAUUCGGCAUUCCUUCGAGCAAAUGGGACCUUGCCCUCCGAGGAUCCCGCCGUAUUACAUAGCCUACAGGGUUUCUGGCACACUCUGUCCUGGUCCUCUACUGUCAAUGCAUCGAAACACGGUGCACCAUCUGCACCUUUAUAUGAGAUGUUUGUCGAUGCUGGUCGGCCCUGGAAGCGGCAUCUGGACAUUGCGCAUCUGGAACUGCACCACCCUACGAGUCCUGAUCAUAUAUCAGCCGUCAAAUACCUGCACGAUAGACGAAUCAUGGAGUCGGCAGAACGAAGGAAAGCUCAAGAGGUUUAUGUCAAGAGGAUGGCGAGUCUGGGUACCGAUACUAUUGCCCGGUUGAAGGAGGUCGGUGAGAAGGACGAGGCUUCGUGGGUGUCGGAAUUCAUGGCGAGAACGUUUUUUGCGUGGAACCUAAAGCCGACCAGGGAACGGCAAACCCCACUCAACUUGGCUAUUUGA